GCGAGUCUCCUGUCAAGCGGGCAGUCAACCCGCAUCUGUCAGCGGUUCUAUUAUUUUGCUUGAAUGACGACAGUCUAUUUUUGAAAAUAAACUAAAUAUAAUGCGAUUUGCAUAAUAAAGCCAUUGAGGUCUGAAUCAAAAAACCGGAUCGCGGGUGCGAUAAAAUGGCUUCGGCAUACGUUCUGUCGUUUUUCGUACUGACGCAGUAUUUGCUGCUGAACUGUGCAUCGGCGGCCGUGCAUAACCACCAGGUGGAUACCCAGGAGCGCGAGAGCGAUGGCAGCUUCCGAGCGAGAGACUUCGAGCACUACGGAGACUCCGGGCAUCAUUCAGAGUUUGACCACGAGGCCAUCUUAGGGAGCGUGAAGGAGGCCGAGGAGUUUGACCAGUUGAGUCCUGAGGAGGCGAAGCGCCGGCUCGGCGAUCUGCUGCUGAAGAUGGACCUCAAUGGAGAUAAGAUGAUUGACCGGCCUGAGCUCAAAGACUGGAUCUUAAAUUCUUUCCGCAAGUUAUCCCGAGAAGAGGCAGAAGAGAGGAUGAAGGAAGCAGAUGAUAACCGUGACGGAGUAGUCUCUUGGAGUGAAUACUUGUCGGACGCUUUUGGAGUGGACUCCGAGGAGGAGAUUCUGCCGGAAGACACGGGGGACACUGGCAUGCAGCUGGUGCACGAGGAGAAACAGAUGUGGACGGCUGCGGACGCCAACGGCGACGGGACACUGGAUAUCGACGAGUUUGAGGUGUUCACGAAUCCGGAGGAACACGAGAAGAUGCACGCGUUCCUGCUCGCGCAGACGAUGCGGGAGAAGGACAGCAACAACGACGGCAGCAUCAGCUUCGAGGAGUUCAUCGGAGACCGGGGUGGUCACGAUAAAGCGUGGAUGUUGGCGGAACGCGACAAGUUCGACCAUGAGCUCGACGCGGACCGCGACGGGAAACUCAACGCGGAGGAGAUCCGUCGCUGGAUCAUACCCGACAACGACGAAAUUGCAUUAGAAGAGGUGGAACAUCUCUUCGCCUCGGCCGACGACAACUCAGACGGACGUCUCAGCUUCUCAGAGAUCCUAGACCACUAUCAGCAGUUCGUGGGAUCAGAGGCGACGGACUACGGCGACCAUCUCAUGGGAGACCACUUUGACGAUGAGCUCUAAGCGAGGUAUACUUACCAACUUUAACGCUACUCGGCUACUCGUCAGGUUACUGACUACGACCACCUUAAACGGAGAGACCACACACUAUAAGCAGUUCGUGAUUCGUGAGGUCAGAGGCUACGGACUACGGCGACCAUCUCAUGGGAGACCACUUUGACGAAUAGCUCUAAGCGAGGUAUAUGUACCAACUUUAAAGUUGCUAUUUGUCAGGUUACUGACUACGACCAUCUCAUAGGUGACCGUUUUGACGGUGAACUCUGGCGAGAUCUACGUACAGUCAGCAGCAAAAGUUGCUAAGCGGGCGAGUGUUCAAAAUUACUUUGACACGCUCUUAUUCGCCUGACAAUAAAGUCGCGUCAAGAUCAUUUUGAACACCUGGCCCGCUUAGCAACUUCUGCUGCUGACUGUACCAUCUUAAACGGAGAGACCACCCACUAUAAGCAGUUCGUGGGGUCAGAAGCUACGGACUACGGCGACCAGCUCAUGGGAGACCAUUUUGACGAUGAGCUCCAAGCGAGGUAUACGUACCUAUUUUAAAGGGGUUGCUCGUCAUUAUAUGGUUCUUUAAGGUUAUUAAACCAAAUUGUGUACUGGCGAUUAAUUCAGUAAUAUCUACACGACUAAUGUCAGAUGUGUAAAUAUUUUUGAGCAUUCGUCUGUGUAAAUGUAUUUUGCUAAUGGCGCUAAGUCAAUCGGAGUUUGUACAUAAGUAGAAUAAUUCUAAAUAGAGUGUAUAUUGUAAAGCGGUGUUCAUAAUGAUCUAUUUCACAAUGUUUUAUUUUAGUUCAAUUUUAUUUUAUUGACUUGAUUUGUUUUACUUUGAUUCUACAAAAACGAUAUUAUAAAUUCAAUAUAAUUAUUAUUUUACGUUGAUAUUUACCGUUCUGUAUUUUGAUAUUUAUGUUAAUUCUAUGUACGUAUGUAAUAACAAAUAUUGAGACCAUAGUAGUGACGUCUAGGUAUAAGUAGUCAUAAUUUUUUUGGAAUGUUAAGUAAUGAAUAAUAAUAAAAUAUAAUACAUAGGGUAAUUCACCAGUAACUCGCCACCUGUUAGUAACUGGCCACUAUAUACUGGCCAGUUACUAACAGGUGGCGAGUUACUGGUGAACUACCCUAUAUAAAAUGUUAACAACUACUAGCUACCUAAAUGCUAACAUGUAGCACCUUGCCAACAAAUUAAAUAGCUAUAUCUCAAUUAUAUCAUCAAAGACAUAUGUAACUCCGUAUAAGAUGAAUAAAGUCUAAGAAAAAAACGUGCCUCGGAAAUCAAGAAAAAGUCAUUCUCGGAUAGAUGGCGUACACACCUUUGGCCUAUGGUCGGCUAGAUGGCGUUGACGACACCGUUUUAUAUUUAACAAUUUUAACACAUAGGUAUCAGUGAAUGAACAUGGGUCAAAAUGAUAUAAAAAUAAUAAAAUCAUUUAUC